AUGACUGGCAGCAUGAAUGCGAAACUGCUGCUGCUUGCAGCGCCAUUCAGCGCUGCUGCCGCCAUAGUCAGCCGCAGGCAUGCUUUGCGCUCGUACGGCGCCGCUUCUCUCGCGCCACAGGCAGUGCAGGCUGCACCGCGGCCUGACUGGGAGUCGUACGCCGUCCGCGGCGACAGCGCGACGAUGAUCCCAUCCGUGGCGGCCCUCGCGUCUGAUAGCCUCGUCACUGCGUUAUCAACGAAACGUGCCGUGUUCCUCGGAGAACACCACGACGCCGCGGCGGACCACGCGCUACAGGCGGAGGUAAUAUCGCGACUGCGAACUAAAAUAGGCGCCGCUCGGCCUUUAGCCGUGGGCCUCGAGAUGGUCCAGCGGCGGUUCCAGCCACAGCUCGACGCUUAUGUUGCGGGACGGCUGACGGAGACGCAACUGCGGGCCGCCGUCGACUGGGACCGGCGCUGGGGUUGGCCCUUCCAGACCUACGUGCCGGUGCUGAAAGCGGCGAAAAAAGCACGUGCGACUCUGCUUGCCUUGAACGCGGACGACGAGGACGCUGCGCCCGUGAGCGCGGGCGGGCUCGCCGCGCUCGCGCCGGACGCGCGGCGGCGAUACGUGAGUGAUCCGAAGGCGUCCGAAGCCUUCGCGCGGACCGUGGCCUUCAAGAGUUACGUGGGCUACACGAUACGCCCGUCGUACGCGGCGCACGUCGCCCUGGGCAUCCUGCCGGCCACGGACCCGAGCGCGUGCGUGGGCAACGACGGCGCCUGCACGACGACGUUCAAGAAUUUUUUAGCGAGGCGCAUCCUCUGGGACGAAGCCCUCUCCAAGGCCUGCGCCGACUGGUGCCGCGACCACGAGAACGGUCUCUGCGUGGCGAUUGUGGGAGCGGACCACGUGAAGUACGGCUGCGGCGCGCCCGCGCGGCUCGCGCGGUCGCUCCCGAACGGUCUAGGCGACCUCGCGACGGUCCUGCUCAACGAGCGGCCGGCCGACACGAAGGGCGACGCCGUCGGCGGCGUCGAGCGCGGGGCCGCGCCGUUCGCCUUCGACAGCUUCGCCGCGGACCGGUCGGUGCCGCGCGGCGCCGACGGCCUGGUCGGCUUCCGCAACUACGUGCUCCAGCUGCGCUUCGCGCCGGACCCCGCCGUCUGGGGCGCGGCGUCUUCUUCUACUUCUAGCCCCGAGCCUCUACCCCACGAAGACGCCAUCACCGCGACCACACGCCACCAAGACGCCGUCGCCGCGCAGGUUGACGACUGGGUCGGGAACGAGCGCGACCGCGGCCGGGGCCCGGAGCUCGUCGCGGAG